AGCCACUACAGGUAUUGUAUUUGCCAUUGAGAUUUCUGGUGCAUCAGAGGCCUAGAGCUGUUAGCGAUAAGCCGACCUCAUGGCAUCCGUGAAAGGUUUCAACACAAGCAAUGCGGCUACGCACCCCCUACAGCUACGUGUCACGCACCUCUACAAGCGCACGCCCACGUCCGGGGAGCUGACCGCUUUCGGCGCAUGGUUCGUUGCAGAGGACGGCACCUACAUGAUUGGAGAAGGCCUGGCAUUCGGAAAACCACAGGAGCAGCAUAACAUCAUCAAUACGUUGGAGAAAAAGUACAUCCCCGGCAGCGCCUGGAAAUUCAGCCAGGCGAAGGCGUCCAAGCGCAACGACCAGUACCAUUCGGCCCCGCACACCUGCACCUUCAAUCUUCUGCACAAGAAGAUGAAGGUUGAUGGAAUCGCCCCGGAGGCCGCCGCUCGCCUGCCGACGGAGAUAGAGCCCGGCAUGACAGCGGGCGAUGUCCUUGCACUGGGACGGCCGCAAACCCUGGACGUGUACGGGAAAAUCACGAAAGUGAAAAAGGACCUGAGCCACAAAGACCGGCUUCUGACGGAAGUGCACAUCUCAGACUCCAAGGGGCACGAAUUGCAAGUUAAUUAUUGGGAUGAUGACCGUCAGCGCGUGCCAGAUGUGGAAGAGACCAACGUGAUCUACGUGUUCGGGGGCUGGUUGACGAAGGAGGACGGCGGCGGCAUCCCUUUGACGGCCAACAGCUCGACGGUGACAUGCAAGGCUUCUGGUGCUCUCCCAGGCGCACGCGCGCUGCUAGCUUUGGACAUGACCUCCGUGGUGGCGAGGCCUCUGAGCACCGGCGCUCCAGCCGCCGACUAUGCAAAGGGGCCUGCUGUGUUCAUGAACGUGUCUUCGAUGGAGUUCUUGACCAGCUUCCACAAGAUCUUGCCGGACACGCUCUUUGAAAUCCCCUCGUGCACAAUGACCUUGGUUGACGCAAACCCGGAGCGGUUGUGCGCGCAGGGCGCAGACCGCGUGUACGCGAGGGUAUCCGUCUCGGACGCGUCAGGUUCUCUGGAAGCGAAUCUCCCGGAGGCUACAUCCCUCCUCGUGUCGGAGUCAGAGGACAAGGCAGGCUUCCUCUCCGCGGUGGCCAACGACGCGAUCCAGUUCCAGCGAGCGCGACUGCGCUUGCGAUUCGCUGCUUCCAAGGCGUCCACGUCAGACUCAUCCACGAACCCCAAGACGCCCACGCUCGUCAUCGUUGGCGGCGAGACGCGCCGGCGCGACCACGGUGAUCCUCUCCCACGAGCCCCCAGCGAAGAUGGGCUUUUGCCCGCGAUGCUGCCGCGGCUCAGUCAAUCCCCCUCAGGCCGCCUACAGGCUACGUCCGAUCGCACCGAAGAACCGGUCCUCGCCGCUGGAGCCCUCGUUCUCGUGCGCGGAGCGCAGCAGCCGCAGGUCGACAACAUCGACAACGGCUUCGCCAUCAAGAACGUCAUCACGGACGUGCUGGGGCCCGACACAGAGACAAAAUGGACGGCCUCCACGACUUCGGUUGUGGCCCGUUUGCCUCUGUUCUCCAUCGCCCGCAAGCGCGUGGCGUUAGUCCACGUUUCCCACGUUGACAAGGCCAGCCGCGAGCUCGUGUUGUCCGAUGUCUGGCAGAUGCACGACGCUCAGAACUACCCGGAGUGGGAGAAAGAGCUCACCGCCGCCUGGGGCACGAUGAAAGAGCCUGCGGCGAACCUCAAGCGCAAGCGCGACGACAACGACGCCUUCGAGGACGCGAUUCGCACGCUCCUCUCGCCUGAGCGGAAGCGCAUCGCCCACCAUCUCGGCGACGAGCCCCACCCGGAGUGAGUGCCCUCCGAGAUUCAGCGCAGUCUGAACAGGAUUUUUUGAUUGCUCGAGCUAUUGUAGCGCCCUCUGCGAGCAUGUCGAACACAACGUGAACGAAAUCCACAAUCCCGCCAUCGCACGGCUUGGAAGAAGG